CGGAAUGUACACAGACAAGAGCAGUCAGGGCUGGUGAGGUGGAGUGGUCAGGCAGGCCGGGUCAGGAACCAUCGGGCAGACAAGACACAAAGGAGCAGGCAGAGCAUAGUCAAACGGGCCGGUUCAGGAACAAUCAGGCAGACAAGGUACCAAAGGAGCAGCUGGAGAGUGGUCAGGAAUAGCCGAGGUCAGGACAGGCGGAGUUCGUUCAGAGUCAGGAUCAAGCAGUGUCAGGAUCAGGCAGGAAGCAGACAGGAUGCAGGUACAGGGGCUCAUGGGAAACAUACACCAAGGCCCUGACUGCAGGUCUGGCCAUUCCUUAAAUACACCUCCUGCAAUCAGCCUCAGGUGAUGGCUGAUUGCAGGAGUGAGCCUCUGGUUGCUGAGAGCACCCGCUGGCCAGCCCUGGUACUGCAGCCCACACGGCAGAUGAGUCCCACCACUAAUGGUGAGUCCAUUCCUGACAC